CUUAUCAAUUUACUGGAUACGAGUGAAAUCGUCCUAUGCUUCGCAUUAAGCAUUCGAAGGAGUUCUAGAAAAACCAUACAGGCAGUUCUAGACAUGGCUACACCUGGAGAGGCGAAGCCUGAUGUACGUUCCCUUUUGUCUGAGGAACUCGAUGUCAUUCGUUCCAAAAUUGUCCAAGAAAAACUUGUGCUAUUCAUCGGAGAACAAAUGUCGACAUUAGCCAGUACGGGAGAUCCUCGUCCAUCUCUGGAUGAUUGGUGGAAGACUGUCAGUCAUACUGAGGAAGGCGUUGGACCAAUUUUGGUGGACGCACACUUCCUGGGAAACAUCGACGAGGCUCCGUCACGUGUUCACAAUGCCUUGCGAAAUGUCGGGAAAUUUCCUCUCAUUAUUACCACCAACAUGGACGGCCUGUUAGAGCGUUUUAUCUGGAAGAGUGGGAAUGGUGGCGAGACACUGCAAUUGGACCAGAUUUCCAGUCUCUCCCAAAAAUGGCCUCACCUGCAGGAAGAUCUGAUCAUAAAGUGCCUUGGGGACAAUGAUGUUACUGCACAGACGUUGUCAAGAAGGAUGAAAUACUUCGAGGGCUUUUGCAACACCCUGGAAAGCCCAGAAGUGGAAAUGAUGCAGCAAAUCUUCAAUGAAAGAUCUGUCUUGUUUCUUGGAUGUGAUCCCGAGCGUCCGGAAUACAAGAACUUCUUUGAAAAGUUUGCUGUUCACUCAAAGAUGAAACAUUAUACUUUCGAGACUUCCAAUGAUUCAGAUAUUGAUAAAAAGGGAAAUCUUCUGACUUUAAAGGCAAACAUACAGCUUUGGGAAUUCGUACAGUUCUUAAGUACAGGAGAAAUUAUAGAAGAAAUAAAAGAAGGAAAGAAAUAUGAAAGAUCUUACCUGCGGAUCCAAAGGGAAGAUUACCUUAGGCAACAGCUUGCACUAGAAAACAUGGCCUCGGAGAUAAUAUUUCACACGAUGAGCAUGACAAAUGCAUUGUCGCCUGACGAGUACUACGAGCAGAUGUCUCGUCCCACCAUCCAAGAUAUAUUCUCUAAAAACCCCUUUGGCGUGUAUUCCUUCGAGAAGGUUCGGUGGACUUUGGAUGCGAUGAAAGCAAGGCGUGACAACCUAAUUCGGCUUAUAACAGAAUCAAGUACCAAAGUGACUGCUUUGUUCUUUUACCACGGAGUGAAAAAAGAAAUAGAAGCAUGGAGAACUUUAGAGUGUUCAUCCCCUUCAUCUGAAGAAGUAAAGCAGAAAAUCCUACAACAUUGCAAGAUUUCCAUCAGUAAAUACGCAAAAGCCAUUCGUCUUUGUAAAUCCUUCAUGCGAAGUAACAGCUCCUUGGAAAUUCUGAUUGUUGGUGACGAAAACUUUUGUCACCAGCAAGAGACUGAGAAGGAAACUUUUGCGCUACUACGCCUGAAAGGUGGAACAGAUGAAGCUAUUUGCUACGCUGAAACAGCCUCUUUUCCUGAUGACAGAAAGUUUGCUAAUUAUCUCAUCAAGAUUAAUGGUUUUGAAGUGUUUAAUAAAAGGAAAGUGUACGAAAGAAGUCGUGCAAACGCUUGGAGCAACGAAGAUUCCAUUCUCAAACUUGCUACCGCAGUUAUGAGGGAAAGUUCAGAGUUGAGAGAAAAAUUUGGCAUUGUUGCAAUUGAAACAGAAGACUUAGAAGCAUUAGAAACACUGACUCGGGUAAGCCAGAGAGUGAUAAGCAAGCUAGACCCAGGCUACCUCGAUCCACUUGGCGAAGGCAGCUUUGGCCAGGUUUUUAGAGCUAAGAAGGGCGGCCGUGAUGUGGCUGUAAAGAUCUUGAAGAAUAUCGAGAGCCGCAAACAGAUAGAGGACUUUGAGCGAGAAGUGGACACACUAAGGGAGGCAAAACACUCUAAAAUAGUGGAGGUCCUUCAGUGCAUCUACAUUCAGAAUCAGCUGGCGAUAGUGAUGGAGUUCAUGGAGGGAGGAACUCUUAAAGCCUAUCUGGAGAAAAACCAUGGAGACGGACAGGGAAAAGAUUUUUCCGUCAGAUUCUUAGAGGAUAUUGGCUCUGCCAUUGAGCAUCUUCACUCGCUCAAUAUCGUACAUAGAGAUGUUAAACCUGAAAACAUUUUUUUGUCAGCUGACCACACAGUACUCAAACUCGGAGACUUUGGUCUUGCUCGUGCGACUGAAGGGACACGUCAAACAAAAACCCAGAUUGGCUCGUAUCGUUACAUGGCGCCUGAAGUGGUCACCUCUGGGGGACGUUAUUCCAAGAGAGCUGAUGUUCAUAGUUUUGGUUUGUGUCUGAUUGAAGUCCUGAGUGGCAGGGAGGUGUAUGAUAACAUUCUGCAGCAUGAAACGGUUUUCAGCAAGAAAAUGGCGGGAGAGAAUCCGACCAUUCCGAAUAUUCCUAUUGAGGAAUUUGGGGAGGAACUGGUUUUAAAGCUAAAAGAAAUUAUAGAUGGGUGUCUGAAGCCCGAAAAAUCACGACCCGAAAUGAAUUUUCUACUCAACAUACUAAGAGGACAAAUAACUUCACGCAAAAUCACAGUGCAGCUUUACUGCGUGGGGACUGGAACAGGAACAACAGCCGUCCUUCAUGGCCAGCCAAGCUCCUCCGCAAUUGUGUUUCACGAAGGAAAACCUUUGCUUUUGGCAGAUGUUGGAGCUGGUGUCCUCAAGGCUUGCAGGGAGAGACUCGCUCACAACGAGUUCCCAAGGAAUGUUUUCAUCACAAACAACCACUUGGAUCAUGCUGGUGAGCUCCCUUUGCUAUUUUUGUUCGAGAGCGAGAGGAGACAUUUGGCUGGUGAACCUCGCCUAAGAGUGUUGUCUGGCCCUGAGGUGCAACAUAAAUUAAAGACAUGCAGACUGGACGAAAUGCUCCACCUGUAUACACUGGAACAAAUAGCAGAUUGGGUAGUAUGUCAGCAAGAAGGAGACCCAACCUACCUGGAUGACGAAAAACAGUUCUCCAUGAAAAUCCACAAAACUCUUCAUAGCGGAAUAUGUUAUGGAUUUGUGCUAUUCUUCAAGGAGAAACCAGUUCUUGGUUAUUGCGUAGACUCUGGCUUCAAGGAGGACGUGUUCGAUUUUUUCUUCCAAGCCACCACUGUGAUAGUUGGUGCGAGGUCUAAUGCACCUAAAGAACAUGCAUCGUUUACAGAAGUGGUUAAUUACGUGAGGAAGAUCCAGCCGAAAGAAACCAAGGUGUACAUAACUGGAUACGGUAUUGACGCAGAGUACCCGUAUGAAGGACUCCCAGGAGUAGAGCAACUGCGGGCGAAUCAGUACAUCACACUCUGGGAUGAAGAAACUGAUAGCAAUUCUUAGCUAGAAGCCAGAUCACGAAAUAUCUUUCUAUGGGUGAAAUGGAAAGUGAACUCGAAGCUUUCUUGAUACAAAUGGAAUAGAGCUAUUGUCCACUCAGGACAGCUCUUAGAUCAAACGAUUCAAAAAUAAUAAAAGUUUGAUGAUUGUU